GGAAGGACAUUGUGGAAUAAGGAGUACUGAUGGCUCAAUUAUUACACCACAUAAUUCUAUGCAUACAACCGACUGGUCAAAGUGGGUUACAUGCUGAAAAUUAUAGUCAAUAACAUAACACAUACACAGCAUAAUGUACACACAAAUAUCAUGAUAAUUUCUUUGAUACAAGAGUAAACUCUUGUCUAUGUCUAAAAAGCAAGCUAGUCCCCGCCCCCUGUCUUGUUGACCAAAAACUUGCAUGAAUUCGAUUUGAGUGGAAAGGCUAGCUUGCUAUCCUACAUCGACUCAUAUAUCAAGUCCACAAUCUUGGAGUGUACAUUUUAAGAGGUAUGUGUAUGACCAUCAAAUAUUUGCAAUGCAUAUAUGAAAUCCUUUACAUUGUCUCUCUGAAAGGAAUUGUAUCUUCUUUCACUAGCUUUGCCUAAUCGGUCUUCCCGCUUUUUGUAUCAAACUGUUUGCUAGCUAGCUAGAAUGAUGGCUACAAAGCUAGCUAGCUUGUUGAUCCGCUAUGCCACCUUCAUUAGCCUAAAAACAAUAACUUACACUAACAUCAAGUCUAAAUACUGUACUGAAUGGAAUCGUUUUCAGAUUACUUCCAAACUACAAAAUAACUUUCCAAAUGACUUGUCUACGAUUUGCCUUCAAACGUGUCCAUCCAAAAUCCAACUUUCGACACGUUAGUUAACUAGCUAUUAGCCAGCAGUGGUAAUUGAUAGCUAGCUAAUAUUGCUAACGCCAACGACAGCUUGUUCAUUGUAGUCCAGUUGUUCGCCCUGGUGAUACGUUAUACGGUUAGGUAUAUAUAAAUACGUUUUCCCAAUGUUAUAAAUAUCAUUUUACUGUCCGUUUUAAUCGAGCAAAUUACUCCGGUAUUUCCCCCUGACCGCUCUCGGAAGUCUGUAGACAACACUGUAAACUUAGCCAGGAUUUCCGGCUCCUUUGCGUUUGCCCCUCUGCUGUUUUGUUUCCGUUUCUUCCAUUUCCGUUUUAAAGUUUUCCAGAUUCUAAGUUUCAGAGUAUAUCUAAAUCGACAUUUUAAAUAAGUUAUUCAUUGAAUUAUGUUUCUUACAGUCAGUAUAAAUUGUGUAUUUCGCGCGUGCCUCGCCCCUCCACGUAACAUCGCUGACAAAUAUGCUGGAUAGCUAGCAUUGCAUUGCUACAGCAUUGUACAGCUAUGCUACACGUAUAAAGAACAUUAGUACCGAUAUAUCUGAGAAGUGUUUGCUUUCAGAAUUGAUCAAGUUUAUGUAAUGAUUUAUCAACUAAUGGCCCACCGUAAGGCCUACGCUUUGGAGAGGCCUCGCCCUCGAGUUAGUACUUUAGCUCGCACAUAACUCUCUGCCGCCCAAUGAGAAUCCGAGGCUCCCUCAACUGGGUGAUUCUCAUGAAACAGGUUUAAAAUGUCUAGCAAAUUGAGUUACAAAACCAUGAUUCAUCUGCAAAAAUCAACUAUCAUUCUGAGGACUAGAUGUUUAGUUUUUGGGAAAGUGUUAAAUUUUUGCCUGAAUUUGGUAAAUUCUCACUCCAAAUUCUCAUUGCUGAAAUGCGUCCGGAUGAAAUUAUCGGGUCAAUUUAUUUAACAAAUUCUUUAGAAAAACCUAACUUAUUUGAAUAAAACCCCAAAUAUAUUGCGGUAGUUUGUCCAUAAAUCAUAAAAAUUUUAUACUAGUUGAAGUUUACAUGAAACUAUAAUAUUUAUGACAUACAAACGGUAUCUGUGGACAUGUCUCAUUACAUAACACUUUUUCAAGUUCCUGUAAAAACUCCAAUAAGUUUUAACAUAAAGCUUUAAUCACCCAUGAUGCAUCAUCUACAGGAGUAGUCCUUAGAUGAACACAAGUUAAGUGUAUGUAUUUGCUUAUAUGCCUUCAGAAUGAGGUUAUUAUUCUCAAACACCCCCUUGUCCUUCUCAUAACCGAAACGCUAAAGAGCUCAAAUUGGGAAAAAGUCCGAUUUAAUUAUAUGAUAAUUGUAUAAUGUAAAAUAUGUUUAUUUUUUAGUGUUAUGCUUAACUCAGGCCUUGUCAUUAGGUGAGCAAUGUUGAAAAAUAUUAUAAUAUUGAUUUGUUUAUUACUUUUUUGGACUUCGAAAACUGUUACGGGAAUGAGAAUUUUGUGAAAAUGUUGGCAAAAUGCAUAAUAUCUGAUCAAAAACAUAAUAAUUCUGAAAUAGAUCAAUAGUGAUUCAGUGAUUAAAGAGGACAUUUCUUGAAAAAUGAGACUUGAGAUGUAUAUAUAUAUAUUUUUUUACAGUUUCAUGAGAAUGACCCAAUUUCAUUCCCAUCAAGACCCACACUAGCUAGCUAUUAACCUUGUGGAUUUUACUUGAUAUAAUGCCACGGUUCAUAAAAUGUGUUCAUGAUAAUUUACUAAAAUCCCAAUGAUGGUGACAAUUUUGCUACUAGUCCUCAGUUUUUUUAUUUAUUGUAUAUUUGAUGAACUUUGAUUUCCACCUUUUGUAGCGAUGUGUUUCUACCAUCACAUCUGAAAACAUUUGAUGUCACCUUAAUGUUGAUUGAUAUCCCCCGGUCUGUCUGUCUCUUCCUCAGAAUAGGUUGAAUAUUGGGGUACAGCAAUGUCUAAAAGCGAGACAGAGGAGAUGAUAGAGAUUGAGAUCGAUGGACAGGAGAAACAGGAGUGCCUGGAGGAGGGGUGAAUGACAUAUUUUACAAUGUGAACAGGCACCCAUAAGCACAUCAAUUCAAACCCAGCUCCCUCCCUACUACUGAUGACUAAACAUUACUAUUUGUGUUUUUUUGUUUAUGUGGUCGUGCCAUUUUCAGAGUUGAGGAGCAGACCAUUACAUCAGCCGAUCUGAUCCAACAGGACAUCGACAUCAAUGAGCCAAUCGGUAACCUGAAGAAGCUCCUGGAGCCCCGUAUCCAGAUGUCAUUGGAUGGAUAUGAGAUCUGUCUACAGGACAUCCAGGUACUGAUGGAGGCCUGCAUUUAUGGGGUUGAAAUACCUGAUCAGACCUGAUGCUGAUGGAAGCCUGUAUUUAUGGGGUUGAAAUACCUGCCCCACCUGAUCAGACCUGAUGCUGAUGGAGUCUCAUGUGUUUAGAGUUGAUCAUUUAAUGUAGAAAUGUUUAGAGUAAUCUUCUCUUUUUCUCUCCCUUUCUGUCUCUCCCAUUUGCUCCAUCUCCAUCCUCUCUCUCUUCUUAUUUACCUGUCCUCCCCUCUCUCCCAUGUUUCCCUCUCCUGUCCUGCCAUCUGUCCCUCGCCUGUCCUCCCCGUCCCUCGCCUGCCUUCCCCCCUGUCCCUCGCCUGCCUUCCCCCCUGUCCCUCGCCUGCCUUCCCCCCUGUCCCUCGCCUGUCCUCCCCGUCCCUCGCCUGCCUUCCCCCCUGUCCCUCGCCUGCCUUCCCCCCUGUCCCUCGCCUGCCCUCCCCCCCUGUCCCUCGCCUGCCCUCCCCCUGUCCCUCACCUGCCCUCCCCCCUGUCCCUCGCUUGCCCUCCCCUCCCCUCUCGCCCUCUCCUUUCUCUUUCUUUCUGUCUCUCCAGCUGCAUCCAGACCACAGCCUCUUUGAUCAAGGAGUGAAGACAGACGGCACAGUGCAACUCAGCCUACAAAUCAUCACCAAGCCAGGUACACAAACGACAGCCUGAGCACCAAGACUUUAUCAAAACCCAGGCACCAAUCUAUAGAUGCACACAAAUGUUGCACCAUAACAAUUAGGCUGUUGAUACUAAUCACACUCUAACCUCCACUCACAUCCCUCCCUUCAUCCAGGCGAGGAGAAGCUGAACAUCCUGGAGAUCGUGAAGCCGGUGGAGACGGUGGAGGUGGUGAUCGACCCGGAUGCGGCGGGGGAGGAGGGCACCCUGAUGGAGGAGGGCCAGCUGAUCGCUGUGGAGCACUCCUCCCUGUCAGACGACACGUCGGAGCAGGUGACCCGCUGGGCCGCCGCCCUGGAGGGCUACCGCAAGGAACAGGUCCGUCUGGGGAUACCCUACGGUGAGGAGGACACAAACACACACUUGCACUGAAACACAAAAACAAGCAGGACACACACAGAAAAACACACACACACUCUGAAACACAAAACCACAAUUAAUCAGGCAGUUACACACCGUUGUACAAAGUGAGACCCGUUUGCUGCGAUUGCCAUUAAUUUUUUAACAGACAAAAAAGCUAUAGUCAGCAUUGUCAGUCUUUUAAUCUGUGUGUAAUGUGUCGCUCUCCUCUCAGACCCAGAACAGUGGACGGCGGACCAGGUGAUCCACUGGGCCGUGUGGGUUAUGAAGGAGUUCAGCAUUGAUGAGAUGGAGGUGGGAGGGAUUCACAUCCCAGGUCGCAACCUCUGCUCCUUCACCCAGGAAGAGUUCCUGCAGAGGGUCCCCAGUGGAGAGAUCCUCUGGAGCCACCUGGAGCUGCUCCGCAAGUGUGAGUUUGUGUUGUAGCUUCUGUAUGUUGAGUCAGUGUGUUAGGGUUAAGGGCUAGCAACAUUUCAAGCCUAAGUAGAGUCAUAAUACUAACCUCGUGGCAGGUACAGUGAGGGAAAAAAGUAUUUCAUUCCCUGCUGAUUUUGUAUGUUUGCCCACUGACAAAGAAAUUAUCAGUCUAUAAUUUUAAUGGUAGGUGUAUUUACAUUUACAUUUACAUUUUAGUCAUUUAGCAGACGCUCUUAUCCAGAGCGACUUACAGUUAGUGCAUACAUUAUUUUAUCGAACCCACAACCCUGGCGUUGCAAACGCCAUGCUCUACCAACUGAGCUAUAUCCCCUGCCGGCCAUUCCCUCCCCUACCCUGGACGACGCUGGGCCAAUUGUGCGCGCCGCCCCAUGGGUCUCCCGGUCGCGGCCGGCUACGACAGAGCCUGGAUUCGAACCAGGAUCUCUAGUGGCACAGCUAGCAGUGCCUUAGACCACUGCGCCACUCGGGAGAUCGAUAUAUUUGAACAGUGAGAGACAGAAUGACAACAAAAAAAUCCAGAAAAACACAUGUCAAAAAUGUUAUAAAUUGAUUUGCAUUUUAAUGAGGGAAAUAAGUAUUUGACCCCUCUGCAAAACAUGACUUAGUACUUGGUGGCAAAACCCUUGUUGGCAAUCACAGAGGUCAGACGUUUCUUGUAGUUGGCCACCAGGUUUGCACACAUCUCAGGAGGGAUUUUGUCCCACUCCUCUUUGCAGAUCUUCUCCAAGUCAUUAAAGGUUUCGAGCCUGACGUUUGGCAACUCGAACCUUCAGCUCCCUCCACAGAUUUUCUAUGGGAUUAAGGUCUGGAGACUGGUUAGGCCACUCCAGGACCUUCAUGUGCUUCUUCUUGAGCCACUCCUUUGUUGCCUUGGCCGUGUGUUUUGGUGCAUUGUCAUGCUGGAAUACCCAUCCACGACCCAUUUUCAAUGCCCUGGCUGAGGGAAGGAGGUUCUCACCCAAGAUUUGACGGUACAUGGCCCCGUCCAUCGUCCCUUUGAUGCGGUGAAGUUGUCCUGUCCCUUUAGCAGAAAAACACCCCCAAAGCAUAAUGUUUCCACCUCCAUGUUUGACGGUGGGGAUGGUGUUCUUGGGGUCAUAGGCAGCAUUCCUCCUCCUCCAAACACGGCGAGUUGAGUUGAUGCCAAAGAGCUCCAUUUUGGUCUCAUCUGACCAGAACACUUUCACCCAGUUCUCCACUGAAUCAUUCAAAUGUUAAUUGGCAAAUUUCAGACGGGCAUGUAUAUGUGCUUUCUUGAGCAGGGGGACCUUGCGGGCGCUGCAGGAUUUCAGUCCUUCACUGCGUAUUGUGUUACCAAUUGUUUUCUUGGUGACUAUGGUCCCAGCUGCCUUGAGAUCAUUGACAAGAUCCUCCCGUGUAGUUCUGGGCUGAUUCCUCACCGUUCUCAUGAUCAUUGCAACUCCAGGUGAGAUCUUGCAUGGAGCCCCAGGCCGAGGGAGAUUGACAGUCUUUUGUGUUUCUUCCAUUUGCGAAUAAUCUCACCAACUGUUGUCACCUUCUCACCAAGCUGCUUGGCGAUGGUCUUGUAGCCCAUUCCAGCCUUGUGUAGGUCUACAAUCUUGUCCCUGACAUCCUUGGAGAGCUCUUUGGUCUUGGCCAUGGUGGAGAGUUUGGAAUCUGAUUGAUUGCUUCUGUGGACAGGUGUCUUUUUAUACAGGUAACAAGCUGAGAUUAGGAGCACUCCCUUUAAGAGUGUGCUCCUAAUCUCAGCUCGUUACCUGUAUAAAAGACAUCUGGGAGCCAGAAAUCUUUCUGAUUGAGAGGGGGUCAAAUACUUACUUCCCUCAUUAAAAUGCAAAUCAAUUUAUAACAUUUUUGACAUGCGUUUUUCUGGAUUUUGUUGUUGUUAUUCUGUCUCUCACUGUUAAAAUAAACCUACUAUUAAAAUGAUAGACUGAUCAUUUCUUUGUCAGUGGGCAAACGUACAAAAUCAGCAGGGGAUCAAAUACUUUUUUUCCCUCACUGUAGCCUCGAGGUUAGAGGGUUGGGCCAGUAACCGAAAGGUUGCUGUUUCGAAUACCGGAGCCGACAAAGUGAGAGAAAAUAAAAUAAUAAAUAAUCUGUCGCUGUGCCCUUGACCAAGGCACCUAACCCUCAUUUCUCCAGGUUCGCUGUACAAUGGCGUCCCUUGCCGUGACCCCACUCCCUGCGGGUGUCUCGGGGAGUUGGGAUAUGCAACAAAAAAAAUACAUUUCCAUUACACGCUUGUGUGUAACAGGACAAAUAUAAGCACCCCCCACAUUUGUAUUCUUAUUAUAUUGUUUACAUACAGUAUGCCUGAAAAUUAGAGGCUAGGGAAAGGGAGUUGUUCUGAGCCUGGGCAAGCAUGUUCAUUGAAGUUGGUUUUAGCUCACAUACUGUAUAUGUCCCCAUUCUUUACAGAUGUGUUGGCCAGUCAGGACCAGUCUGGCCAGGAGGCCACAGUCACCAUUGACCAACGUAAGUUUAUUUCCUGUCUCUCUCACUCACUGUCACCCUGCAUGCAUCUACCACACUAUAUUGUUUUCAUCUAUGUUGGAGUUGUUGCCUAUAGGCACAGAUCUAGGAUCAGCUUACUCUCACCCGAAUCCUUACCUGUGCCAACAUGGGUAGGAACACCAAACUGACCAUAGAUCAGGGGGUAACUUCAUCCUGUAUGUUUCUGGUUGUUUGAACCUUCUGUCUCCGCCCUCAGAGGUCCAGAUCAUCCCGGCUGCUGUGCAGACCACACCCACCACUAUCAAGGUUCUGAAGCAGAACCGCGGCCCCAGAACACCCCGCAUCUCAGGAGGAGAGGAGCGCAGCUCACCUGGCAACCGCACAGGUAGCCAUUUGUGUGUGUUGGAUGUCGUGUAUGUAUGUGUACCUAAAUAGCAUUAGUCUUCCAAUGCUUUUUUAUGGGUGCCUUAACAGUGUGAGUGAAUGUGCAUAUGCUCGUAUCUGAUGUCAAAAAAACGUCCUCUCACCUGUCCCUGUAGGUAACAACGGUCAGAUCCAGCUGUGGCAGUUCCUGUUGGAGCUGUUGACUGAUAAGGAUGCUAGAGACUGUAUCUCCUGGGUGGGAGAGGAGGGGGAGUUCAAACUCAACCAGCCUGAACUGGUGGCCCAGAAAUGGGGCCAACGCAAGAACAAGCCCACCAUGAACUAUGAGAAACUCAGCCGAGCGCUCAGGUAUGCCAAUCUGCCAGUUUCUCUCCCUUUUCCUCUUUUUUAAUUUUCGUUGCACAAGUUCAAGCUCUCUUAUCUUAUGACUUGUUCCGUUUUUACAUUUACAUUUUAGUCAUUUAGCAGACGCACUUAUCCAGAGCGACUUACAGUUAGUGAGUGCAUAAUUUUUUUUUUGUUCCCUUGAACUUUCUAGUCGUCUCAUUUUAAUUGAUCUGAUUAUUUCAAAUCACAUUUUAUUUGUCACAUGCGCCGAAUACAAACAGGUGUAGACCUUACAGUGAAAUGCUUACUUACAAGCCCUUAACCAACAAUGCAGUUUUAAGAAAGAAUACCAAAAAUAAAAUAUAAAAUAUUACAAGAUAAAAGUAACAAAUAAUUAAAGACCAGCAGUAAAAAUAACAAUAGCGAGGCUAUAUACAGUGGUUACCGAGAAUUAAGAGUCCAUAAAACUGCAGCCACCCCCUCCGGCGCCAUCAUAUCUGUAUAUGUAUAUUUUCUCAGGUAUUACUACGAUGGGGACAUGAUCAGCAAGGUGCAGGGCAAGCGCUUCGUCUACAAGUUUGUGUGCGACCUGAGGACUCUGAUUGGCUACAGUGCUGCCGAGCUCAACAACCUGGUAACGGAGUGUGAGCAGAAGAAGCUGGCCCGCAUUCAGCUGCACGGGAUUGGCCAGCCCAUCACCACAGUGACGCUGGCCACCUCAGCACAGGACAGCUGAGGGGGGAGGGGCCUGGGGCUCCCUGACUGCCCCAGGUAGAAGUUGCCCAUAGACACAGAUCUAGGAUCAGAUUACUAUGACCAGCCCUAAGCUUCACCAUUUAAGGAGGUGGAAAUGAACAGACUUUAGAUCCGUGUCUAUGGGCAACUUUGUCCUUCUCCUUUGGGUUUGAUUGGAGAUGGGGCUGAGACAGGCUGGGGAGGUGGUUUUCUUAUUUUAACCAGGGAAGAGAUGCUUGGAGGGAGAGUAUGUGUGUGUGUGGAUGAGUGUGAGUGUAUGAGUGUCAGAUGGGGAGUGUGUGUGCGCGUAUGCUGGAAAAUCAAAUAUGAUCUUUGCAUUUGUUUCCCCUUUAUCUGUAGCUUAGUAUAGUUUCCAUUGUAUAUACCGGUACUCCAUGUUUUUGAUAGCCACAAGGGCAGUGUAUUUUCAUAUUUUCCAUUAAUAAAAGGAUCCGUUUUGUAUUUUAUUUCGAGCUUUUUCCCAAAUGAGUUGGACCUUUAGUGUCGACCAGGGGAAAUAAAGUGGCAGAUGUUUUCCUAAGGACUGAGUCUGUCCUUGAUCCAACAGCUCCAAUGCUGAGCCACGAAAUUGCAUAUUGUGUAUUCUACUAUGCUCUUUCAACAGUAAGCCGAGACCCAGAUGUAGUUCCUAAAAAAAAAAGUUUUGGUGGGGUGGGGUGGGGUGGGGACCCUACGCGGAGCACGUAGUCUACCUAUAGGCAGAACUGCUCCAAUGUUAUGCAUACAUACACACACCCACUCUCUCACCACUCUGGCAGGUUCUAAUGUUUUAG